AUGGUUACCCCUACAUACUACGUCAUCUUCACCAGUGCCUGUAUCGUCACCUCGGCCGUCCUGUUCCAGGGUUUCAAGGGUACCGUUAUCAGCAUCACCACAGUCGUCAUGGGCUUCCUCCAGAUCUGUACUGGCGUCGUCCUCCUCCAGCUGUCUAAGUCGGCCAAGGACGUCCCCGAUGCCGCCGUAUUCAAGGGUGAUCUCGACCAGGUCCGUGAGGUUGCUGAGCAGGAAGAAGGAGAGCUGGAACCAAAGGCCGAUGCCAUCAGAGGAACCGCUGCCAUCAUCCGCCGUAUCUCGACCCCCCGUCAGAAGAUGGAACAAGAGGAAAUUAGACGCUUCCACAUGGACCAGAGGCUUGAUGAGCUCGAGCCCGUUGGUGAAAACGAAAUCAUCGAGUGGGACGGCCUCCGCAGACGACGGACUACUUUGGUCAACGGUGUACCUGCUACCAGUCCCCGUCGUAGGGUCCAGCACCCUCCACUCGGCAUGUCUCGUUUCCCAGACUACUCUGAACCCGAAGUCAGGACUCCCCGAGAAGGUCUCGAUGGCUCUUUUAUUGGCAGCAUUCGCAAGCGUGCUUCGACUGCUUUACAUCCCUACUGGCGGCCGAGUGGAACCAUAUCUCCCCAGCCGAUGGAAAAGGACGGCCGUCUCGACUCUCCCAAGUCGAUGCCUGAACGGCCCUCCGAAUCUGACCCUUUCACUCGUCAUGAGCUGCUUCAGGCGUUCCAGUACAACAAGGCCAUGCGUCGUCCACGCAGCGAGACUAUUGACUCCGUGAUCAACGAAAAGUCAAGAAGGGAAGAGAAAGCACCCCUCUUCGACGGCAGCAACGACAGCUCCAACGCCAACGGUAACGGAGAUUCCAAGGAAAAAGCAGAGUCUACUAGUCCUCCUCCAACGCCUCCUGCACAUAGAGCCCAUCGACAGUUCUCCUUCAACGUCUUCCGACGCAACUCUUCGUCCGCUCCGCCGGCAGAGCGCCUGACAACCCCUACAAAGACACCACACUUGCAUCUUCCUCACUUUAUAUCCCACCACUCCCACCCCAGCAGCAGCUCCAAGCCUACCACUACCGAGGAAGAAGCCCUCGGCCUCUCUUCGGGGGAUAAGGGCAAGACCCGGUCCCCUUCACCACAAGCCAAAGCUCCUUCCCGUCCAGAAAAGAUUACCCGACACUCCCACGGAAACUCCUCAGAGUCCCUCCGUCAUGUCCUUUCCGCCUCGUCUUCUUCGGCUGGUGAAUCUUCCAGUACUCCUUCGCCAUCUCAAUCCCAGUCUCAGUCCGUCCAGCACACCGAACAACUUACCCGUCCAUUAACUGGAACAUCCGAGCAAGACCAUCGAGACAUCGGCCCAUCAGAUUCAACAUGUUCAUUCCCCAAGUUCGAUCCUUCAACAUUCCCGCAUUCAGCAAUGACUUCAUCCCCCGAAGAAGCUAGGAGAGGCCGUAAGGAACGAAGAGGGAACGUCAGACAAAGCUAUGACAGUUCCCGUGGCGAUUCCCAAGGCACCAAAAAGGAAGACAGAAAUCCAAGCAAGAAAUGA